UUAAUCGACCGAUUGAUUGAUUGAACCGGUGAUUUACCGAUACCGUACCGGUACGAAUCAAAAUGGCGAGUUCUAUGACGAAAAUUUUCCGGGCUGCCGCCGUGCAGCUAUCCAAACAACACAUUAGAGGCAGUCAGCGAUGCUUUUCUGCUACAGCAGUGACAAAGCAGUCAGAUGAUAUCAAGACAGUCACCCUAAUUCCUGGUGAUGGUGUGGGACCAGAACUCAUGCAAUCAGUCAAGGAGGUCUUUAAAGCUGGUGGUGUUCCUGUGCAAUUUGAUGAGAUCUUUAUCAGUGAGGUGAUGGAUCAUCAAAGUGCUGGUGUUGAUGAUGUGGUGGAUUCUUUGAAGAAGAAUCAUGUAGCACUCAAAGGAAUCAUCCACACACCUACUGCAGGUGGCACAGGAAAGCUGCAAACGCUCAACAUGAAACUAAGGAAUGAGUUGGACCUGUUUGCCAAUGUUGUUCGCUGUCGUACCAUCCCUGGUGUGAAAACUAGACAUUCUAAUCUAGACUUUGUGGUUAUCAGAGAACAGACAGAAGGUGAAUACAGUGCUCUGGAACAUGAGAGUAUACCUGGAGUUGUAGAAUGUUUGAAGAUCAUAACCAGAGCUAAGUCAGAAAGGAUUGCCAAGUUUGCCUUUGACUAUGCCACAAAACAUGAUAGGAAGAAGGUCACUGCUGUUCACAAGGCUAACAUCAUGAAGCUAAGUGAUGGCCUAUUCCUUGAGAGCUGUCGGCAGAUCUCAACUCUCUACCCUAAGAUAGAGUUUGAGGCCAUGAUCGUUGAUAACACCUGUAUGCAGCUGGUCUCCAAUCCUCAUCAGUUUGAUGUCAUGGUUACACCCAAUCUCUAUGGCAACAUUGUUGAUAACCUCGCUGCCGGUCUAGUUGGUGGUGCUGGAGUGGUUCCAGGAGAGAACUUCUCAAAAGAUUAUGCAAUCUUUGAACCGGGAGCAAGACACACCUUUUCCCAAGCUGUUGGUCGAAGCAUUGCCAACCCUACCUGUAUGCUACUGACUGCUGCCAACAUGCUCAAACAUCUCAACCUUGACGUGUAUGCUAAGACAAUGACUGAUGCUAUUGAGAGAGUCAUCAAGGGUGGAAAAGUUCGAACUCAAGAUCUCGGUGGCUAUGCAACAACCCAUGAAUUCACAAAUGCAGUCAUCAGCAACAUGAGAUAGACGGCCAUGUUUUUACUUGCCAUUUUCUGAGGAGAUUUCAAAGACUUGAAGAAAUCAACAUUAUAUCUCAGUAUUUAUUUGAAUAGAAAAACUAAUUUUUGCGAUUGCAGAAGAGUAUUAUAUCAUAUUGGUGAUAAAUGGUGUUUAAGUGCGAAUGAGAAUUCUACCUAAAUGAAUUUCAUACACAUGAUGAAGUUUGAAUAUUCUGGUCAACAAAACUGUUUUUGUUCUGAAAGAUGCUCUCCUCAAACAAGAAAUCAUUUUCCUUUUUUUUGUGUGUCAGUAGCUUUUGUACCAAAUAUGGAAAAAAAUACCUGUACUGUGAUGUGUCUGUCUGGCACAAAUUGACUUCAAAUUUAGUUGUGGGGAAAAUGUACAUGGUAGAAUUCACAGAGGUAGAUUUAAAAAGUUGGUUUUGAUAUUGUUGUUUGAAACCAGGAUUUAUACAGAUUUCAUUCUAAAACUUAGGCUGAGUAUGUUAGAAAAGUCUUAUAGUAGUGUUUAUUCAGAUUAGUUGAAGGAAGCAGUAGACGUACUUAUCCAUCUUUAUGGGCUUAAACGAAAAUUAGGCUUAAACCAUAGCAACAACAUAAAUUAACCACAUCUGAGACAGAAGCAUGAUUUGACCUUUUCAAAGUUCUUGCUAAAUGGGAAUGCAGCCUUGGUCAUAAAAUGUUGUGUUGGAAAGGAGAAAGAAAACAAAACAAAACAGAAUUGUGAAAGUUUGAAAGAAAUUUGACAAGCAAUAAGAAAGUUAUGGCUGCAUUAAAAUUGAGAUUCCUAAGACUAUGUAGAUUUUGAAUUGUCAACUGGGUAUUAAAGUAAAUAUGACAAUAAGGGCACGGGCAACUUUCCCAUAGGCCAUGUACUUAAUUAUCACGGAUUUGUGUUUUUCUCUGUAGUACCUUUGAACCUGUGAAAAAAUGACAUUUUAGCCAUUUUAUGUAUUGGAGUACAUGGAAGAGUACUUUUUGCCUUACAUCACUAUGACA